AGCAUCAAACGGAUGGCUGGAAAGUUUCCUUAAACGGAACAAUAUUGUGUUUAAGACAAUGUCUGGUGAGCGCGGUGAUGUAGACAAAACUGUUGUGCAAGACUGGAAAGACAAGUUACCAUCGUUGUGCGAAGGGUAUGAACCAGAAAACAUCUUUAAUAUGGACGAGACCGGCCUUUUCUAUCGGGAUUCGAGUAAGUCCACGUAUUUCAAGAAAGGCGAGGAUUGCUCGGGCGGCAAACGGUCAAAAGAACGUCUGACUGUGGCCUUGUGUGCUAGCAUGACAGGUAAUGAUUUUUUCGUAAGUUAGGUCUGCUUCUCUUUUCAUUCGAUUAACGAAUUUCACUGAACUUGUAAAUUGGACAGUGUAUCACGCACAUCUAAGGGAAGUAAUCCAUGUUGCUUGUUGCAGAUUUAUUUCCGGUUGCACAAAAUGACUGAUUUGACAUUCCCUUGAUAGAUAAUACAUUAGAAGGGGAAAAGAUCAAACCGUUGGUUAUCGGGAAGUCGAAAAAUCCAAGGUGUUUCAGUGGUAUCAAACAGGAUCGUCUGCCGGUAAUGUACAAAUCUAACAAGAAAGCCUGGAUGACUGGCGAACUCUUUGAAGAAUGGCUACACUGGUUUGACAGACAAAUGAAAGGUAGAAAAGUGCUUCUUUUUGUGGACAAUGCACCAUCCCAUCCUCAGGUUAAUCUCAAAAAUGUCAAUGUUAAGUUCUUACCACCAAAUACAACAUCUCUAUGCCAACCAAUGGACCAAGGAAUAAUUCAGGCAAUGAAACUCAAGAACAGGAAGAAACAACUACAGUACGUGAUCAGUCAAAUGGAACUUAAGCAGGGAAAAAGUGGAUUUGAUCUGUUGAAAGAUAUAAAUGUGCUGGAUGCAAUUUACUGGGUUGCACGUGCAUUUAAAGAAGUUGAAAUAAGCACCAUUGUUAAGUGUUUCGCGAAGUGUGGAUUUCAGUUAAACAGUGUUGAAAGUGAAAGUGAAUGCACAGUGUUGAACGAUUCAGAGAGUGAUGAAGAGGAGGAUGAUAACUAUCCAAUAGCGCUUCAUGUAAUGGCUCGACAGUUGUUCGAUUGUGAUUUUAUGGAAUUGUUGAAUAUUGACAAGGAGUUCAAAACAUGUGAUUCUGAAAUGAAGGACUGGGACAGGCCUGCUACUGAGUUGCUUUCGGAAAUGAAAGAGCAGGUCAGUGAUGAAACAUCUGACUGUGAGGAUGAUCAGCUUCAAGAACAAGAAGAUAAUGUGUGUUCUACAAAUGAGUGCUUGGAAAUGAUUGAAAAACUUAAAAAGUAUGCAGUAGCCCAUGGAAAUGAAAAUCUUCUUGGUACAUUUGUUGAUGCUGAGGACAUUAUCACAAGCCAAAAACUUGUAGGGAACACUAAGCAGAGUAAGAUCAGUGACUUCUUUGCCAAACGCUGAACAUUUCGGGUUACAUGUAUGUCAUAUGUGAAGGUCUUAAAAUUUGUGUGACUGUCACAUUUUCUGAGAAAUGCAUUUAACAUGUAAUAUAUAAACUCUUAGUCAUAUAUAUUAGAUCAAACAUAAUGAUGAAUGAUGAUGAUGACCAAGUUUGAGUGCUACCAUUACUUUUACUUACAACGAUUGUUAAUUUCAUGUUUUCAGUUUGUAUUGCUGUACUGAAGUUGAUAAAUGUAUAUGAAAAUAUGAAAAUUGAAUUAUCUGAGAAUACAUUUAACAUUU